AUGUYCUUAUACAGGACUUUUCUAAAAAGACCUUCCAAUUUACUUGUUCAGAUUUCUAGUCUUGGYACAGCACCAUUCUUUGUUGAAAACAUCAGUGAUUUACAGCACAGUUCUCUAAAGCUCGUACGAUCAGUGUUCAGAAGAUACAUUAAACACAGAGACUUGAUUCUAGAGGAUAUCUUUGCUUCUUUAGCAAGACUACCCUCAAGUAAAAGGAAUAUGAGAAGCUACAGAUUAAAUGGUGAAGAGUCAAUACAGAUGGUUACAGCACUGGUUUUACAGCUGAUUCAGUGUUCUAUCAAGAUACCAGACAAAGAUGAUAGUCAUGCUGUAGAUACAACAGCAGAAUGCAAGGCAAAUGAAGAUGAACCUAUCAAGGUUGAUGAUGAUAUUCUGAUCUGUAAUUCCUAUGAAAAUGCUUUAAGAACAGCACAGAAUUUCUUGUCCAUGUUCCUGAACAAAUGUAGCAGUGUUGGUAAAGAUGAGGAAGAUUUCCGGCCUUUGUUUGAGAAUUUUCUGCAAGACUUGUUACUAAUGCURAACAAACCAGACUGGCCUGUUGCAGAGGUUCUUUUAACAUUGCUUGGAAAAUUACUGAUUGUAACAUUCAAUAACAAGUCCCUGGAUGUCAGUCUGAGAGUCUCUUCUAUUGACUACUUGGGUGUAGUAGCAGCACAUCUUAGAAAGGACGGUGUGAUAAGCCACCAGAUUGAGUCUGAUAGUAUCUCUGAUAUGCUCAUUGAUUUACUGGGUGAUACCUCAGAUGAAUCCGAUGAAGAAAUGACCAAAUGGGAUGAAAGAUCUUCCAAAAGAGUCCAUGUCCUGAGAAAAGCCCUUUGUCAUUAUCUAACAGUUGAAGGGCAAAACGAUGCAGCUUUAAUGUUUGCCAAGAAGUUUUAUCUAGCGCAGUGGAUACGUGAUGCUCAAAUAGAGAAAGAAAGGGCCAUGAGAAACCCUUCUGACUUGCCAUCUGAUAUCAUGGAAGGCUUGAAUGCCUACACCUCUUUUGGUGUUGACAGCAUACAGAAAUCAGAGGAAUUGAAACAAAAGCUGCAUGAGUUGAUAGAUGACAGGAUAACAACUAUAAGAUCUUCUCAGAACUGUCUUGACUAUGACAAAGCCUUGAUUGUGUCUAGAUAUCUGGGUUCAUCAAGAUCUUUCUCAAAAAGCUUUGAUGGUUAUCUUGGCCAGAUUCUAAGAAUCCUGAAUGAAAAUGUUGUUGCAAUCAGAACAAAAGCCAUGAAAGCCCUGUCCGCUGUAGUAUCUGCUGAUCCAUCCAUACUGUCUAGGGAUGACAUGCAGAAAGGAGUUCACACCAGACUUGUUGAUAUGUCUACUAGUGUACGAGAAGCUGCUGUGGAGUUGAUUGGUCGCUUUGUUCUUAACAGACCAGACCUCAUUCAUCAGUAUUAUGACAUGAUUGUUGAGAGAAUCUUGGAUACUGGUAUCAGUGUUAGGAAAAGAGUCAUCAAGAUCCUUAGAGACAUCUGUAUCAACCAUCCAGACUUUCCUAAAGUCACUGAAAUCUGUGUCAAGAUCAUCAGAAGAAUAUCAGAUGAGGAAGGAAUCAAGGAACUUGUCACCAAGGUAUUCCAGCAAAUGUGGUUUACACCAGAGAAAGGAGUUCAGCAAGAAGUCCUUCUAAAACGUGUGGUACAGAUGACUGAAGUUGUUUCUGCUUGUGGUGAGAACACUGACUGGUUUGAGCAGCUUCUUGACAAUUUACUAAGAAGUGAUGAAGAUUCCAUUGUCAAGUCAUCAGAAGAAGCCUGUAAUCAGAUUGUUGAAUGUCUUGUAGAGAACAUUCUACGACAGGAGGAGAAUGUCAUUGCUGCAUCUGAAGGCCAAACGUCAAGYAGUCAGAAACUGGUAGCCAGUCUAACUACUCUUUACCUUAUGAGUAAAGUUAAGCCACAGCUGCUAGUAAACCAUGGAGCUACCUUACAGCCUUACCUYAGCACUAAAUGCAGUACACAAGGAGAUUACCUGGUCAUCCAUAAUGUAGCAAGGAUUCUAGAGCUAGUGGUGCCGUUGAUGAAACAUCCUAGUGAGACGUUCUUGGCCAGUCUUGAGGAAGACUUGAUGAGACUUACCGUCAAACAUGGUCAGACAGUAGUUCAAAGCUGUAUAAGUUGUCUUGGAGCUGUUGUCAAUAGAGUCACUCACAAUAUUAAGCUUGUGAAGGAUUAUUUCCAGAAAUACUAUGGAUUUUUAUUGAAAGCAAAGAUGGAACAUUCCAAAAAAAGCAGUAAAAGUGGGCAAACACCCAAACCAACACUACURAGAUCACUGUUUACACUGGGRUUGCUAUGCAAGCAUUUUGAUUUUGAUGCUGAUUGUACAACAUCCAAACAGGGUGUAACAAGCAACAAAGUGUUUGCUGUUUAUAUCUAUUUCUGUAAACAUGAAGAUGAAGAAGUYAAACAGAAAGCAAUCAGUGGAUUAGGGUUCUUCUGUAUCAGAUAUGCUGAACAGCUCAUGAAAGAUGAAGCUAAAUCUCUUUAUCAGGAUAUCCUAUCAUCAUCAAAUGAAUCUUCCAAGCUAAAAUGGCAGGUGUUAAAAAACUUCCAAACACAUUUGCUGGAAGAAGAGAAAAGACUUAGAAUACAAGACCAUGAAUGGAAGAAGCAGUCUGAAAAAGAAAACUUAAAAGAACUUGGUGACACACAGUCUGGCCAAGCCAGUGCUGUGAUGCAGAUCUAUUUGAAAGAUAUCUUGGAAAUGUUCUUCCAUAAACAAAGUCAGCUACGAACWGCUGCACUUACAGUGGUAAACUUGAUCCUGAGACAAGGUCUUGUCCAUCCAGUACAGUGUGUACCAUACUUGAUUGCUGCUGGUACUGAUGUAGAACAACAGACAAGAAUUAAAUCUGAUCAACAAUUAACUGAYAUUGACAACAAAUACUCUGGAUUUAUACAGAUGAAGGCCCUUGCUGGUACCAAGAAGUCUUUUGAGCUUCAAAARCUCAUCCAUGAGGGCACUAGUGAACCUAUUCGUGGAUUCAGAAAAGACUCUUCUUCAAGUCUAUUAUCCCAUAUGUAUUCAGUAGUACGGACCAGUCGGCAACCCAGACGGUCUCUUCUGCAAUCACUGCUUAGACUGUUUGAUGAUCUUAAGAAAAGCAAGCUUGACCUGUUACUGUAUGUGACUGAUACACUGGCAUACUUCCCCUAUGUGAUCCUAGAUGAACCAUUGUUUAUYAUGCACCAUAUUGAUACUAUGCUAUCAGUGUCUGGUGCUCACUUAYUGCAGGCUUUCAAAGAGGUUAUAUUACCAAAGACACAACCAGUUGUAGAGAAAGCAGAUCCAGCAGUAGUGUCAGCAGAUGAUGAUGAUGAAGACACCAUUCAAUCAAUAAUGGAGCGUAUUCCUGAAGACAGCACACAGUUUUCUCAUCACUGCCAUUCUGCACAGAAGUGCUUGUUACUUUUAUUAUUGAAAGAGCAUUUAAAGGAAUUAUAUAGCUUAACAGAUGGGUAAGACAUUUGUUAGUACACAUGAGCGGAUUUCGUAUGAGUGGGACAYGGUUACCACACGGUUACCGGACCUGGCCUGCAAAAUUAUUGU